ACCGUUGGCGGAAGAAUGGCCUCCAAUAGGUAGCAGAGAUGCAGAGUGUGACCGAAUUGCUGCGGGUUUCAACAAGGUCAUGGAUAUGUACGUGGCGAAACAUUUUUUGGUGCCAGUGAAUCUCGAACUGUACCCUACCUAUGCCUCCCGUUGUCAAGUACCCGAUGGAUCUGUCUACAAUCAAAGCAAGACUAGAAAGCCGUUUCUAUCGACGAGUGUCUGCGGUUCAGUAUGAUGUGCGUCGUAUAUACAUCAACGCAUUUAAAUUCAAUCUACCGACGUCAGACAUUGUUCGAAAUUCCUCAGUCGUUUCGGACUUGUGUCUUGAGAUAAUCCGAAACAGGGAUUCUAAUGACGUCAAAGCCCUAUACCAACAGGUUUUGGAAAAAUACAGAAUCCGAGAUGAAAAAGAAGAAAAAGCUGCAGGACAAAUCAGAAACGCCGAAAAGGGUAAAGCGAUGGAUCUUCAAAGACCAAAAAAAAAUAAACCUGCUACUUUAGCCACGACUGCUGCUCCCUGCUGGAAGCAGCAGUGUACGGAUGUAUUGGAAAUCAUGGAGCAGUCCAAAGAUGCAGAAUUAUUCAGCGAGCUAUCUAGAGUUCAAGAUGAACCAGAUUAUCUUCAGGUGAUGGACUACCCUAUGGAUUUGGAGACGGUGCACGAAGAACUUAGGCUUAACAACUACGCAACGCCAAUGGAGUUCGCAAGAGAUGUCCGUGUUAUAUUCAAAAAUUCCAAAAACUAUUUUACCAAUAAAAGAUCGCGCAGUUGGUGCAUGACCCAUCGAUUGUCAGCCGUGUUUGAAAAACACAUUUGCAAAAUUCUUGCUUCUGUUAAGCAGCCGGACGAGUCAUCAGACCGAUCCGUCAGCUCAAGUUCGAAAGACAACUCGAAAAAGGAUAAAUCAUUGACAUCUUCAGCUUCAACCAAUGAAUCUGUUCAAGAAGUUGGAAAUACUAGAGAAAGCAACCUAAUUGUUUCUCAGCACACCAAUGAAGAACGGGUUAUCGUCGAGGCGAGCUCCUCUACUCAGCUGGAAGAUGCAACUGAACAAAUCCCCGUCUGCAAUACAUCGGUCAUUGACGGCGCAAAUGACGUCACUGAACUCGAAAAAGAAAUUCCCGUCACGAAUUUUGAAACAGGUAAUCUCGUAGAAAGGAAGACACCAUUGAUGAGUCAGAAAGAACAGCUGGAUAUCGAUAUUGAAAAUGGAUACCGUAAUCUGGAGACGAUCAAAGUUGAUAUACAAAAAGAUACCCUACAGUUGUCGCAACAACAGGAACAAAUCAAUGCAUACUAUGCCACUUUGUUGGAACACGAUGAAGAGAGAGACGGGUCGGAUGCCAAAACCCCCAAAGUAUCCAAGUUGACGUCAUUGUCAGCGCUUAGAGAAAAGAUCAACGGCCAAUUGACGAAUUGUACGAAGCAAAAGUUAACUCAAGAACUUGCAUGGAGAGAGCAUCAAGCAACUGCGUUAAAACUCGAACUUCAAUUGAAUUUGCUGGACCCGUGUGAAAAUGCCCUAGAAUUCAGAACAGUUGAAAAAAUGCUGGCUGAGAAAAGAAAUCACGAAACUCAGUCGGAAGGUGAAUUAAAUUUAAUCAAAGGGGAAAUCUUGGCCUUAGAAGAGGAGCAAAGAGAUGUGGAUCGCCAAAUAACGGGUUUGAAAGCCAUGCAUGAUAAAUUGACUGAAAUGGAAGCUAUGAAGACAGCGAUACAACUUCAAAUACUCAACAAAAAAUCAAGGGAAAAUGAUCUGAUAGAAGACCUCAGUAAACGCAUAAAUGCAUGGAAGACGCUUGAAAUGAAGUUAAUUCAGAUCCUUUAUGAAGAAGCCGUUGGUGACAUAGAGAAGAUUGCGAAAGAAAAGUUCAAUAAGUUGACCGAGCUUGUAGAAGGUUCUCCCAAACGAUAGAUCUUAAAUGGACUCUUUGUCGCGUAGUCCAAGUGUAUUUCUAAUCCACGUCAGCCAGUCUUCCAUUUUCAGCCGGUAACAGUUUUUGCUCUGACUAAUUGAUAAUUAUCAAUUCAGAAUUCACUUUUGUUCGUUUUCUGAAGGUAUUUGCUUGCCUUUAUCUACUUCUUGCAAAAAAAGUAUCGUUUAAUUAACGGGACUAACACAUACGUUUCUCUUCUGUUUGAAAAGGUAUGUAACCAAAAUGAUUUGAAAAAUGAAAUCCAUGUAUUGAUACGCAACUAAUAUGCAUGAAGUUUUAAAAAAUUGUAGAAAUUUUGCGUAUCUCUUGCACUACUAACAGAUACAGAAUAUAGACAGAAUAGGAAGAGAA